UGUACAUAUUCCUCACACAAUGAUUCCGGCUCUUAUUGUGUAGAGCAGAUUCACGGCUGCACGGUAAUAAAUAAAUUGCACUGAACUUGGUCACUCUUGAUUUGUUUGUAGACAUGUCAGGUACCAAGGUAAAAACGCCUACGGGAGUUAAGAAAUCAGCUACAGUUAAUUCUACUACAAAUGGAGUAACAAAAUUGCAAAAUGGUGUUCAACCAUCUGUAAAGCCGAACACUCCAAAUCCAACUCCAAAAAAAGCAAAAAAUAAAAACAAGUCACACAAAGUCAUUGGAAAAACUGUUGGAAAUUUUAAAUGUACGAGUGACUCUUGUGGAAAAUCUUGGAGCUCCGUCCACGCUUGGACGAGUGAGCGAUUCUUUUGUGAAUUAUGCAAUUCGAAAGCGAAAGUUCUGAAUUUUGUGGACGAGGAAUGCACAUUAGACUGUUACAACUGUGCUUAUUGUGGGGAAAGCUGGCAAUCAAUUCAAGACCUAAGGAAGAGUGAGGAAGAAUGUUACUGUGGAAAAUUUGUUGCUAAAAAUGGGACGCAGAAACGAUUUGGACGUCACUACUUUUAUCGGUGUUUGAACAAAAACGAAGGAUGUGGAAUUGAAUGGGAAGAUUUUUACCAUGGGAUGCAAUACAGCCAGAGAUGCACUACUUGUGGGUCGGCUGGGCUUAUGCACAGUGUAUCAAAGGUCAACCCAGCUCAUCCUCAACAGAGACCUGGGGGGAGGAAUAUAUUUGGAGGAGGUGGAUCGCAUAAUAUUGAAGGGUGUGACAUGUGUCAAGCACUGAUUCGACAAGGCGUUGCAAGAGCGUGUACACGUAAAAACAGAGUUGUUUUCAGUGUCGAACAACAUCCGGAUGGAACAACUACGGAAAAUGUGGUAGAAGCAAGAUGAAGUACUUGGUCACGACGAUUAAUCCAUCUGACUUAUUAUUUACGAAUAAAUCAAAGUAAAUUUCUCGCGUAAUUGAAAUUA